UUAGUUGUCUAAGCAGCCAGUAAACGCACAGGUAGAGCUCAUUAUUCAACAUUUUACUGUGCAUUGCAGCUUAGCAACUGAAAACAGAGUAACCUUCCUAGGCUUGACUCUAGUACAAAAAUUUCGGAACUGCAAAGAAAAUUCGAAAAAUGAUUACAUGGGUACUGGUGAUAGCUCUCAUAACGAGCGUAACAUGGGUUAGUGAAGCUGUGAUUGUGAAAGAAGUUAGUGCUGGCCAUUUAGCCGAGUUGCCAUGCCCAAGUAUCGACGACAAUCAUCGUUUCAUGUAUUGGGAGCUCUCUAAUAAAAAUAAUAUCAUAGGUCCAGGAAACCCACAGAACCCAGAAAAAUACAACUACCAAGUACUAACUGGGAAGCUCAUGAUCAGGGGUGUUUCGACUGCUGAAUCUGGUUUCUAUAAAUGUAUCUCGAGAGGUAUAAAUGAUGAAUCUGUCAUCAGCAUGGAAACGGUUGAGCUGAUAGUUACAAGAGACUGGGAAGAUGUCUGGGAGAAUGACUUUGAGACAAACUUAUUGAGAAGCUUGGCCGCUGUUAUGGUAAUAGUUGUAAUCAUCGCCUUGCUACUGUACGUAAUUACGACCAAACGACGUAGAAAUCUUAAAUAUUUUGAUAUGGAACCAUCAAGGGAAAACUCACCAGUCAAUUAUAGAGAUGGAACACGUAGGUCUGCAGGAGUAGUUCGCAAUAACACGCCACCUCCAGAAGAAAUAGGCAUUGAGAAUGCAGCAGUGGAUGUUGAUUUCCCAAAAGUAUUUAGUAAGAUGCAUCAGGAGCAGGCUGUUGAGAUUCCAUAAUUUUUCAUCAAAAGUUAGUAAUACUUACAAACGCUGUUGGAGCCUAAUAAUUUGUGAACCAAUACAGAAAUACAGUUUAUAAAAAAUGAAUAUCGAGUGGUCACAAUGUAUUGCACAAUAAAUAUAAAUGGUCAAGGACAUUAUGUGACAAGGUAUGACAUUAUAUUUACAAAUGUGAAUGUGAUAAGCAUAAUUUUCAUAACAAUAGAAUAAUUAACUUUGUUAAGAACAAAGUAGUUGUACCAAAUCUAUACUCAGCAAUUAUAGCAAUUGAAUAGAUUGAUAUACAUGUAGAACAAUGAGAUUUAAGAUGUACAACUAAUGAAUAAAAACUACUUACAUUUGCUCAAAGAA